AUGAUUCAUUAUAACUCUAUUCAUUCCCCAUAUUUUGACACAAAUGCUGCCGAACAUAGGGACUUGCAUAUUUCCUUAUCUCGCUUAAGAUACUUGAAGGUGACAAUGCAAGAAAAUUUGAAGGUGACAGUACAAAAUGAUUCAGAUCAUGAUACUGAUUUCGAGACUGGAAUUUUUGUUAACACAUCAAUACCUAUGUUUUUGGUGGAUUUCAACAUUGGUUCACGGGAGACUGCUCAAUUGGUUGCGUUGGAUACUGGAAUCUCAUUAGCUUCACAAUUGGAUAGUAGUGAGUUCUCAUAUUGUAUUGGAAAUUUAAGCGAUCCAUUUGAUGAAAAAAAUAUACUGAUCAUAGGGAAAAAAUCCGGAGGAGUUGAAAACUCAAUUCCUCUUAUUAUUAGGGAGUUCCAUUACUACGUAAAUCUUGAAGGCAUUAGCUUUGGGGGUAGGAUGCUCGGCAUUGACAAAAAGGAUUUGAGAAUGGAUAAUUUUAAAAGUGGUGGGGGUGGAAUUAUUGAUUCAGGUUCAAGUUUGAGUUUCCUUCAAGAUAUUGCAUACGAGAAACUUGAACAGUCAAUUGUUGAUUACAUAGGGGACUCAUUGGAAAGACGAUAUUUCUCUUUGGACAAGUAUCAACUUUGCUAUAUUGGACACUUGUUUAGGGAUUUUAAGGGCUUUCCAACAAUAGCAUUUCAUUUUGAUGGAGCAACAAUGGAAUUAGAUAAAGAGAAUUUGUUUAAGCAAGUAUACCCAGAUGUGGUAUGUUUAAGUGUGUUGAAUGUUGCAGAGAAUGGUGUCGAUCACAGUCUUCUUGGCGUAGAACUCCAAAAAUAUUUCUAUAUAUCAUUUGACAUGAAUGAAAUGCAAGUUAACUUUGAGAGGAUGGAAUGUGAUGCUAUUUGGGAUUAUAAUAUAUGA